AUGGAAAAGAAAGAGGCUGAAAAACUAAAUCCAGAGGAUUUUGAUAUUCCCGAUGAUUUCGAACAAAUUACGGGACCAAAUGGGCUAGCAAGAUCUUCUGCUGCUGAUCCUAACGCAACUCCCGUUCUUCAAGGAACUCAACCUAGUUCACCUCCGAAGAACCCUCAACCUGCUGUUCCCGUUGAGCAACAACCUUCUCCUCAACAUGCAGCAGUUAGUCAAAGGGGGGUAUCAACACCUACACCACCCAAAAUGACUGCCGAUACUGCUGGUCGCUUGAAAGUGAUAAUCAUGGAUGCAAAUUUGACCAAAAAUUACGGAUUGGUUCGAAUGGAUCCUUACUGCAAACUGAGGAUCGGAAGUAAUUUGUUUGAAACGCAAACAAGUGUAAGCGGAGGUCGAAAUCCCACUUGGAAUCGCACCAUAUAUUCUUACAUUCCAGUUGGAGUUGACAGUGUUUAUAUACAAAUUUUCGAUGAGAAAGCUUUCACGGAUGAUCAGUGUAUCGCCUGGGCUCACAUAGUCCUUCCGCAAGCCGUUUUUCUUGGAGAUACCAUUGAGGAUUAUUAUGUACUUAGUGGACAACAAGGAGAGGGACAAGAAGGAAUGGUUCACUUACUCUUCAGCUUCACCCCAGUCGAUAAGUUGGUCGAGGGUCAACAGCCUGGUCUUGUUGAAGGCUUGGCUACAACAAGUGCCCCCAACGUCGGCCAUGUAGCUCCUACGCGGCCCCCGAUGACUGAAGCGGAGUUGGAUGCUGCUGUGAAUGAAUUAAGUGAGAUGUUCCCGAACAUAGAACUCGAAGUGGUCCGCUGUGUUUUAGAAGUACAUCAAGGAGCAAAAGAUGCAGCAGUCACCUCAUUGUUGAAUAUCGGGGAAGAUUCCUAA